AUGAAAUCCUCCACAACGCACAUUCUUACAGCCCUUGGCUGCCUUACCUGGGGUGUUCUUGGCCAUGGACAAAUCCAAAAUUUCACUGUUAAUGGCGUGUACAACCAGGGUUUUAUCCUCGAUUAUUACUAUCAAAAGGUCAAUACUGGCCAUUUCCCUAACGUUGCAGGCUGGUAUGCUGAGGACCUAGAUCUGGGUUUCGUCGCCCCUGACGCAUAUACCACGCCCGACAUUGUCUGCCACAAGAACUCGGCUCCUGGUGCGGCCAGUGCCACUGUACCAGCUGGCGGUACCAUCGUCUUUCAAUGGGGCCCUGGCCCGUGGCCACAUCCCUAUGGCCCUAUUCUUACCUACCUGGCUCAGUGCAGUGGGUCAUGCACGACUGUGGACAAGACAUCGCUACGCUGGGUCAAGAUUCAAGAGCAGGGUAUCAAUUAUAACACCCAAGUAUGGGCACAGCAGGAUCUUAUCAACCAAGGCAGCAAGUGGACCGUGAAAAUCCCAUCCAGUCUCAAGCCUGGUAACUAUGUGAUCCGAAGUGAACUUCUUGCUGCCCAUGGCGCCACGAGUUUAAAUGGCAUGCAAAACUAUCCGCAGUGUAUUAACAUUGUCGUCACUGGAUCUGGUACUAAAUCGCUUCCUGCCGGAACCCCAGCAACGUCGCUCUAUAAGCCAACUGAUCCCGGCAUUUUGUUUAAUCCUUAUACAACGAUUAAAAGCUACACAAUUCCUGGCCCAGCUCUGUGGGUAGGGUAGAUGUAGGAAAUAUAAUGUAACCCCCUGUAAUGAGGUCUCAGAUGCGGUUGGGCAGAUAUUCGCUACAGAAGCAUAUGCUGUGGAACUGCGUGUAUAUCUCUCUCCAAAUUCAACUAGGCAGAAACCUCAAAUAAUCCAUGAUAGUUGCUUACCUAUAAAAUAUUACCUCCAGUUGCAA